UGAGCGUGGCUCGCGGUCUGCAAAGGACAGGGUUCUGGCCGCUGGGGUCGCGGGUUUGGCUGUCCUGACUCGGUUGUGGCAGUCGCGAUGUUUUUCUCCCAGGCUGGUGCCCGGCCGCGGACGUGGCAAGCCAGCCCUUCAGAACUCAAGCAAUGGGGGAAAGUAUUUAAAGCAUGUGAUGAAGAUAACAAAGGCUAUCUAAGCAGAGAGGACUUUAAAGUUGCUAUUGUGAUGCUGUUUGGGUACAAGCCCUCCAAGAUAGAAGCUGAUUCUGUGAUGUCUUCAAUAAAUCCAAACAGUUCCGGUAUAUUACUUGAGGAGUUUUUAAAUAUUGUAAGGAAAAAGAAGGAAGCUCGACUAUAUUGGAAUGAAAUAAGACACAUCUUCACAGCUUUUGACAGGCACUAUCGUGGAUAUUUAACUUUGGAAGAUUUCGAAAAAGCAUUUAGGCAGGUGGCUCCCAAGUUACCAGAAAGGAUUAUUCUCGAAGUAUUCAGAUCUACAAAUCUUCACGAGGCAUCUCUGACAGCCAUUGAAACCAAGGAAGUAGAUCAAGACUCAGAUGGUCUCGUCAGCUUUAAAGACUUCGAAUACGCCAUGAACUAUGGACAAAAUGAAGCCUAACUAUUGUGAACUGCUUUUGGCACCUUCUGGGGGAACCAAUAGAUUAUAUUGUAUUGAAGUGUCAAACUCCACUCUACUAAUGAUGUAAUGCUACAUACUUGCAUUAAACCCUUCAUCAUGGUUUUCAGAUGCGGAUAAUUGCUUGCAUCUCAGAAUCCUAGAGGUAGUCAUUACAGGUAGUCUCCUUCCACGUGGCUAGCAGCCCUGAGUCCGUCUGCUGCUGCUGGCACUGCCACUGGGGUGCUCCCCAAACCCUCCUCUUCACUCUCAACCCCCUACUCCCACCCCGUGCUAUAGGCCGGGGUGCUCCACUCAUUUACCAAGUCCUCACCACCCCACCCACAGGCUCCCUGAGUCUCAUCAUCUCCUAGUGUCAGGAGAGGAGUUGCUUUUUCCUGCCGAUGGUGCCAGUUUGCUUCACACAUUCAACUUUGGUUGAACAAAUAACAGCACCUAUGUGUACUGAGUGCUUACUAUGUCCCAAGCAAUGAGCGAGGUGUUGGGAAAACGAAGACUUGAGAUUCCUCUAAGAUAAUGUAGCUGUAGUCAAAAUCAUCAAUGCAAAAUGGCGCCAGGGCACUGGCCAUGCAAGACAAAGCAUCCAGAUUGGGCUGACACGAGUAAAUCUUCUCCAGCUGUAUACAGAGGAAGAACAGAGUCCAGUAAGGGUACUGGGGACAAAAACUUAUUUGCAGACCCCUUUAGGAUGGCCUGGGCCUGCGGUUCCUGCAGCAGAGCAGCAAGCCCUGGGCUGCCCAGCUCUUGCCUGCCACACUGACCCCAGUUCUGGGCUGUCUGCCCUGAACCGAGAGCCUUAGCCGUCUGUGUUCACGUUCUCCAUGCUCUGCCCGUCCACCCCUGGGGCCUGGUGACUGCUGUACUGGAACAAAAACCACGAUACUGGACAUUCAGCAUUUAUUUUAAAUAAAUACUGGUAUCAAUACUAAUAUUUUAUCUAUGAGUAUUCAGAUUCAUAACAUUAACAACUAUAAUUCAAAUUUUAGAAGUGUUAAGCAUUUAAAGGUCAAGUAAAAAUGUAAAUUUGUAAAAUAGAAACAUUAAACAAGCAUCAUUUUUAACACAAAUUAUUAGCAGAUAAAGUCUAAAACUAUCAUAAAUCAGAGGAACCUAAAAAGACAUAAAAACUAAGUGUGAUUUGGUAUUCUACAUGGGAUCCUGGAAUAUGAAAAGGACAUAAGGACAUUAGGUAAACACUAACGAAGUAUGGACUUCAGUUAAUAGUACUGUAUCAAUAUUGGUUCAUUAAUUGUGACAAAUGAACCAUACUCAUAAAAUGUUAAUAAUAGGGGAGACUGGGUGAGGAGUAUAUGGGAACUCAGUCCUAUCUUCAUAAUUUUUCUGUGAAUUUAAAACUAUUCCAAACUAAGUUUGUUAAAAAAGAAAUAAAGUCUUAUUCAAAAAUUAGCAAACUAAACAUUAUCUAAAAUGAAGAAAACUUUGAAAGUUAUUACGAAGUACAAAUGAAAUAUUAUUUCAAAAACAAAGUGGAUCAAUGAUAUCAUUGAGUAUUUUAUGUGUUUUAGUACAAAUUGUUCUAAGUGAUGAAAAGCCCUUUCUGACUUUGGGUGGUUUUGUUCAGCAAGUACUUGCAUCAUAAAUUGAAUAGUUGAGUCCUUGACCCUCAUCUCAAUACAUAAGUGAUACUGAUUUUAGAUUUUUAACCUAUCAAAGUUAGAAUAAUCCACCAACAAAGUGCCAGUAUUUCAGUAAUUGCCAGAAUAUCAAAAACUCGCAUUGCAAUCAUUAUUUGGACCUCAUUUCUCCCUGGAAACAUGACAAGAGAAAGGGAGGGGUCCCUUCCUCCAGUUAAUGUGGGAGGCAGGAGGCCAGGCUGGGAACAGCUAUUGGGCAACUCCCUUGACCCUGGAUAGUCCAGGCUCUUUUCAGUCUCACUGAUAGAAACCUACCCAAACUAGCUUAGACGGAAGGGAAUUUACUAGAAAAUAGUGGGCUAGCUUUUGGAAACUAACAAAGGGAGGGUAGUGGUGCAGCUCGAUUUCCAGGAGAACUACAACUACCAACGCAAGCACCUCCAGACUCUGACUCUGUCCCAUAGUCAUGGUCAACCUCAUACCAUUCUUAAAAGGAACUGGCCCAUGGUCUGUCCAAUUCCAAGUCCAGAGACCCUAGAAAGGGGCUCUGUUUGGCCCCUGGAUCAGUCAACUCUGGUUCACCCUGAGGGUGUAGAUAGGGUCACUGGGCACUCACCCAACGGUACUGAGGGCUGGUCACAGGGAGGGGAAGUUGAUAAGAGCUGGGCACACAUUCCGUUUUCUUUCUUAGAAGAAAACAGUAUGGUUGGGACCUAAUCUAGGAGGGAGAGCACCCCUAGGAUUUGCUGCUUAGGAGGGCCCAUGCUCUCGAAACACAGACCAAAAAGAAAGAGCGGAGAUGAGAAGCUGCUCAUGUCACCUUUCCCUCCUUAUCACUUCCCUAGGCCCAGUCCAAAUCCUCAUCCUGUAAGCUUUUCCCCCAGCUUCUCACUUCCAGGUCCCAGUCCCUACCGUCGUCCCCAAGCCACAUGAGGCUGUCUGUGCGACAUGACCUUGGUCCUUCCUCAAUUGCAUGGCCCAACAGUGGGUAUCUACACAAGCUGAUCAAGUCAGUCUCUUCCCUUGGCAGACAUCAAGAGUGAGAGUGAGUGAGACAUAGCAGUGCUCCUCUGAGUGGCUGAGUGAGUGGCUAUGACUCAUGAACGAGUGGCAGACAUGUUUUCCACCACAUGUCUUGAAAAACCAAGGCAGGUGGUUUGCAAUGAGGGCAGAAAAUGAAACAGACACGGGGAAACAAAAAAGGAGCUGGAGAGACCCUAUGGCACUUGAUUUCUGGUAAAGCUUGUGUGCAGCCCAGCCAUAACCCUUUGGGUCCUAUGAGGUAACCCUGUGUCUUUCCAAUAAAUCUUUCUGCUCAAGCCAGCGGGAGUUGCUUUCUGUUAUUUGAAACCAGGAGAACACUAACCAAGAGAACACUAACUGUUGUAAGUAGAGAGCCAAGGACAGAGUCCUAGGUGACGUCAACAUUUACUGGGGCAGCAGAGAAAAGAGUCUCCUAAAGAGGCUGAGAAGAAAUGGUUGAAGAUGGAAGAGGAAGCUGUUACCACUUCUCUCUCCAAUACCCCAACCUCUACUUGACCUCUCACGUUAUCAGCUCCAGGCUUCCCCUGUGGCAGCAGCUCUCAAGAGAUCACCAAUGAUCUACUGAUGACCAAACCCAUCAGCCCCUCUCAGACCUCACCACACUUGUCCCGAGUCCUUCUCUUUUUAGCCUCCAUGACAUUGUUCUCUCUUGGUAUUUCUGUGCCCAUUUUCCCCGCUGUCUUUCCCUGUUUCCUCUCCUACAACCAUCCCAUAAGUGUUAGUUUUCUCCAAGGUCCUAUAAUUGGCCAAUCUUUUUGAUCAACACAUUCUCCAAGGAUGAUUUCACCCACUCCCAAGACUUCAGCUAUCACCUUUAUGCGUAUGACUCCACAAGCAAAUCUUUAGUCUUGAUCCCUGCUCAACCUCGGCCUGUGUUUUCAUUUGCAAUACAAACUCAUUGAACUACAGUCAGAGUCAUUGUUUCCUCUAAUUUUCA